AUGCUUGAGGGAAAGGUCAAGGAUAUGGCAUUUGCGGAGGCUAGGAAUCAACCACCUUGGCCGUUAUGCCAGAUCCUCGAGUGUCUCAAAGCCUCCUGCAAGGGUGACGGCAGCGUCAACUGGUGGGGAGAGGCAUCAUGGGUUCGGGAAAUGGUGGAGAAGUUUGGUCUAAGUCGUUUUUGUGUGCCAGGUGCUAACCCAUCCGAAGGAAGCAUGACUUGA